AGAGGGAGAGAGAGAGAGAGAGAGAGAGAGUGAGAGAAGAAUCUCUUCCUUGCAUUGUGAAAUCGUAAAACGAUUUGAGAGAACCAAGAAUAAGAUUAAAUAUUGUAUGUAUGCGAGCGGAAAUAUAUGGUAAGCAAGAGAGUAUAAAAAAAGAAAAACCCUUUACGUUUUCUUACUUAUUACGUAAACGGUAUACGUUAAUAAUGAAUAUGUAUAUUAUGAUUACGAUGAUUGCUAUAUUUGUUGUUAUUGUUUCUCAGUUGUAUGCGGAGACGUUUAAGAGUGAUCCAUUUGUACAAUCAUUGAGCCAUUAAAAUAUGAUUAUUCAUUAUGGAAGCGAUCGCGUCUCGCUUUCUUUAUUUUUCACCCUCUUUUUUUCUGUUGCCUUCAUUAUCGACGACAAAUACAUGCAAAUGACGUUUCGGAAUUUCCUAUUGUUUCGUAUGAAAUUAUCGCACUGACAUUAUCUAUGCAAUUUAUUAUCAAUUAUCAAUUAAUUCAUUGGAAUAACUUAAAUGCACGAGCAAAUUAUCAAUUAACAUUGUAAGGAAAUUUAAUUCGUUUCGUGCUGUAUGAAGCUAUAUUAUUAUUAUUAUUGCAAACAUAUUUUUCAAGUAUCCAUUAAAAAUUAAAUUCACAAAUAUUAAAUUUUUCUUGAUAAAUCGCGUUUUUUGUCAAAUAAAAAAUAAGAGAAAAAUUUUUAAGAGUCGAUAAAAUUCAGAUACUUCCCGCAUGCAUUACAAUAUUUUGCUCCGUCUCGUUUCUCGACGCAAACAUUACUCAACACGUGCAAAUAGAUAUAAAAAAACUUUAUCUCAUUGUUUAAUAUAAACCAUGAGAUAUCGAUAGCACGCAGGUGUUCGAUAAUCCCUGAUUGAAUUGUGAUUAGUAAGAAUACUGCAGGUGAGUAAACUAAAUGAUUAAGCUGAUUAAAUACAAGAAGCAACUCUUACAUAAAUCUUCUACAUAUAUUGAGAAAUUUUACUUUAUUUCUCGAGUGUUUAAAAAAAUAUAUCUUAAUCUCGCAAAGAUUUUAAUAUUAGCCUAAUUUGGAAUAAAAUGGAUGAAUAUUUUAUAAUUAAACGUCUUUUAAAAUAAUAUAAUUUAAGAUAUAAAAAUUUAGGAAAUAAGUAAGGAAGUGUUCAAUAGAUCAAGAAAGAUAUCAAUAUCUUUUAAACAAAGUCAUUUGCGGACAUAUUUUUAGAAAAACUUGUUGACUUAUUUUGGGAUUAAAAUUUUCGUAUAUUUUAAAUUAAAACGUUUAAUCCUGAAACAUCCUAUAUAUUUCUGAAAUAUGUAACAGAAUACUUGUAUGAAAGAACAUUAUGUGUAUGUUACGUUCUAUUUUGAUAAAUUUUCUCAGUAUCUAUUUCUCUAAUUUCAAUCCUGAUUAAAUGACUGAAAGGAUCUCACAACAUCUCAUACCUAUCGUCUAAACUACGUUUCGCCAUCGAUAAGAGAACUCUUCAAAUUCUCACCUGUACGAUAAGCCAUUGGACAUCAGAUGGCCCGAUAUGAUUGAUUUUCUUUGGUAUGUUUGUCGAUCAUUCCGGAUAGUCGUUUAUUCGAUCUCCGGGAGCGAAUAGUGACGGCUCGAAAUAAUUAUCUCGUGAUACAAACGAUAAAUUACUUUUUUUUGUCGCAUCGUCAAUGAACUUUAAAUAUUUCGGAAUUAAUAUAACCAACACUUCGAGAAAUUGAUUGCAAAUAAAUCUACGAAGUGUCAAGAAGUAUAACGUAUUUGUGAAGAAAAGUAAACGAGAUCGUAUGCUAUUCGCAGGCAGCUAUUAUAGUGAUUAAUAUAAAACUACAUAGAUUAUUUUGUAAUGUGUUUAUAUAUUUAUUGUGAUAUAUCUUCUACGAAACGCGCGUGUGAAUGAUGUUCGAAGUUAGAAUCGAGCGAAAUUACAACAAAGAAAUCGCACUAUUUGUUAUGCUAAAACGAUUAAUAUAAUCGAAUUUAAAAGAUUUACUGUAUAUAGGCAAGAGAAGAUACAAGCUAGAUGAAGAUUUAUUUGAAAAAGUGCAUUGUUGAGAGAUAGCAUUUAUUAAGUGUCUCUAUCGCAUGAUAGACGUGUGUAACAUAAUAAAUAACAUCCCCGAGAAACUGCGAGUCCAAUUCUCGUUGUUUUGUCACGAAAUAUCGACUUGUUAUUGGGGAACCGAGUAUCCUUUUCAGAAUAAAUCUCUCGAUCAAUAACGAUCCUUGAUUGUACUCGCGAAAUGAAACGACCGGAAGUGUUCAGUCUCCUGUUCGCUUUAUGUAUCGUUUUGAUCUCGGCGGAAGAGCAGUAUUGUGCCUGGUAUGGUCAAAUAUCAGAUUUGAUACCUCCGCGGCCUUGUGUGGCAAAAAAUAUUACGGCCCAACCGAUCAACAACACGGAGGCCGAAGCAAUUCUGCAAAAGAGAUGUCCGCAUUUUUUCGAAAACGAUGUAGAAUCGCCAGAAACAUGCUGCUCGGCCGAGCAAAUCAGUACGAUGGAUGGAAGUAUGAAUCUUGCCGCGAGUAUUUUCAGCAGAUGCACGACCUGCAUAAAAAAUAUGUUUCGAUUGAUUUGCGAUAUCACCUGCAGUCCCGAACAAGGUCGAUUCGUAAAAGUAACAAAGAGCGCCGAAGAGAAUGACAUUGAGUAUGUCGAAGAAUCUGAGAUCCACGUAACGGAAGAAUAUAUAAAUGCGACAUACGAUUCCUGUAAAAAUGUUGUCGCUCCUAGCAGUGGAAAUUUGGCGAUGGAUUUGGCUUGUGGCUCGCUUGGAGCCAGCAAAUGUUCUCCUAAAUUGUGGUACAAGUACAUGGGAGAUGUAUCCGAUAAUCCUUUCAUACCUUUCCAAAUGAACUACGUUUAUGACAUAGCCGACGAAUGGGGCGAUGACCCAUGGAACUCGGAAACAAAAAAAUGCAGCGAAUCUUACGACAAUUUAUCCAUAGCCUGCAGCUGCGUCGACUGUCCUAUCGCGUGUCCCUUCGUGAAAUUCGAAAUUGAUUCGAACAAUACCUUUAUGAUCGGCAAAUUUAAUGGCUACGCCAUUAUAGCGGCUAUACUUGUCGUUGUACUAACAAUUGUAGCGAGUUUUGUAUACGGCUUAUUAAUGUGCUGUUGUAAAAAAGGUUCUUCUGGGAUGCCAUCGGAAAGAACUGAUCGAAACUGUAGUCAGAGAUACCAAAAAAUCUUUGAAAUAGCCUUUGCCGCGUGGGGAAAAGCAUUCGCCAAGUAUCCUGAUUACAGCUUGUUUGUGAUCUCGUACAUCGUUCUCGGUCUCAGUUAUGGAAUUCAUUAUCUAUCGGUGACAGUGAACCCUAUAGAAAUAUGGGCGGCGCCAAACAGUAGAUCGAGAAUAGAAAAGGAUUAUUUUGAUAAUCACUUUCAGCCAUUUUAUCGAACCGAGCAGAUUUUUAUCAAAUCCGUUGGUCUCGACACGAUAGAACAUAAUACUCCGAACGGAGUUAUAGAAUUCGGACCUGUGUAUAAUAAGGAGUUCCUGCUAGCGGUAUACGAUCUACAACAGCAAAUCCUUCAGUUAGGUCAAGAAACCGACGAAGGAUUGGAAAAGAUCUGCUACGCCCCUGUACAAAGUGAAUUUAUUGGCCCAGUUACCCUUGAUCUCUGCACGGUGCAAAACGUAUGGGGAUACUUUCAAAACAGCAUCGAAGAAUUUAACAAGACAGAAACCAUCGAAGAAUAUGAAAGUAAUUACUUGGAUCACUUGUAUAAAUGUAUGCAAAAUCCAUUUAAUAUGGAUUGUCUAGCGCCGUAUAAGGGACCUAUAAUACCUGCCAUAGCCAUCGGAGGUUUUUUGAGAGAGGGCGAAUUUCAGUACGAUUCAACGGAUUAUAGUAAAGCGACAGGAUUAAUUUUAACAUUUCUGGUGAAAAAUUCGCUCAAGGAGAAGGAUCUGGAGCCAGUUAUAAAAUGGGAACAACGCUUUCUCGAUUUUAUGGCAAAAUGGGAUCAAGAUGGUCGACCAAAGUUCAUGGAUGUCGCAUGGACAACGGAGAAAUCAAUACAGGACGAACUAGAUAGAACUUCGAAAGCGGAAGUGACAACAAUGGUCAUCAGCUACCUGCUCAUGUUCGUUUAUGUCGCUCUCGCUUUGGGAAAGAUCAAAGUUUCCCUCGUCGGCUGUUUUAGAGAAAGCAGAAUCGUGUUGAGCAUUGGUGGAAUCAUUGUCGUUAUAGCAUCGGUCGCUUGUUCUCUUGGAAUUUUCGGUUAUGCUGGAGUCCCAACCACUCUGCUCACAAUCGAGGUAAUACCUUUCUUAGUCCUGGCUGUCGGAGUUGAUAACAUUUUCAUCUUGGUGCAAAGCUAUCAGAGAACUCCUCGACGCGUCGAUCAAUCGAUCUCCGAGCAUAUUGGUACAAUUAUGGCUACGGUGGGACCCUCGAUGUUACUCACUAGCAUGUCCGAGUGUUUCUGUUUUCUGAUAGGAGCGUUUUCCUCGAUGCCGGCUGUUAACACUUUCGCGAUGUACGCUUCGUUAUCAAUCUUAAUCAAUUUUCUCCUCCAGACAACGGCUUUUGUCGCUUUAUUAUCUCUCGAUUCGAAAAGAGUUGAGAACAAUCGUCUGGAUGUUUUCUGCUGUAUUUCUACUAAGGAAAAUUCGGAAACCGACGAUUACAAGGGUUUGAUUCAAACGAUCUUUGAACGUGUCUACACACCGUUUCUUAUGAAGACACCGGUUCGAAUGAUCAUUUUAGUUAUUUUCGUUGCCGCUCUUACUACUCACGUUAUAGUCAUACCACAGAUCGAGAUCGGACUGGAUCAGAAGCUCUCGAUGCCUGAAGACUCUUACGUUUUGAAAUACUUCAAGUACAUGGACGAUCUUUUGUCAAUGGGACCACCUAUAUAUUUCGUAUUAACAAAAGGUCUAGAUUAUAGCAAGACGAAAGUGCAGAAUAUCAUAUGCGGCGUUCAAGGAUGCAAUUCGGAUUCUUUAUACGCGCAGAUAUAUUCGGCUGCCAAACAGUCCUCCGUGUCGUAUUUAUCUAAAGCAGCUUCCUCUUGGAUAGACGAUUACCUCGAUUGGUCGGCGAAUGAUAAUUGUUGCAAAUAUUACGCUAACAAUCAAUCGUUUUGUCCGCAUAUUAAUGCACAGUGCGAGGAAUGCAAGAUUGUUAUUGACAACAUUACCUCUCGUCCAAACGAAAAAAACUUCAAGAAGUAUAUCUCUUAUUUCAUCAAUGAUAUUCCAGAUGAGCAAUGUGCUAAAGCCGGAAAAGCUGCUUAUUUCGAUGCAAUAAAUUUUGUCGAUGUUAAUCUGACUGAUGUGGGCGAUGCAUAUUUUAUGGGUUAUCAUACUCCUUUAAAAAAAUCGUCGGAUUGGUACGAAUCGUUGCGUGCUGCCAGGAUAAUAUCUGAAAAAAUUACAAACAUGAUUAAUGAUGCCGAAGUGUCUGAGCAAAAAGUCAAAGUAUUUCCAUACAGUAUUUUCUACGUGUUCUACGAACAGUAUUUAACAAUCUGGUGGGAAACACUGUCGUCAAUAGGUUUGUCCCUUGCCGUGAUUUUUGUAGUGACACUUUUUCUCACAGGAUUAUCAUUCUUUUCCGCUGUGAUUGUUCUUCUUACUGUAUUGAUGACGCUAGUCAAUCUAGGAGGCCUAAUGUACUGGUGGAAUAUCAGUUUAAACGCGGUUUCUCUUGUAAAUCUAGUCAUGGCGGCUGGUAUCUCUGUAGAAUUUUGCAGUCAUAUAGUACAAUCCUACGUUACUUCUACAGUCAUGACAAGGAUCGGUAAAACAUCGGAGGCGCUUUCUGUUAUGGGAAGUUCUGUAUUCUCGGGGAUCACCUUGACCAAAUUCGUGGGAAUCAUCGUGUUGGCAUUCGCGAAAUCGCAUAUUUUCCGAGUAUUUUAUUUCAGAAUGUAUCUAGGCAUCGUUUUAUUUGGCGCAGCGCACGGUUUAAUAUUUUUACCAGUAUUAUUAAGUUUUAUUGGACCUGUGAGAAAGAACAGUACAAGGAAUAGAAAUUAAAAGGCCAUCCUAAGUAACUCGUCACCUGCAUUAGUCUAGAUUCUAGAUAUUUUAUCAGUAGUAUAAUUAGUCAAUCAUAUUGUAAAUAUAUAAUAAGUCUAUGAAGAAUUUGGACUUAUUGCUACGCUUAUAUUUUUUAAUAUAUAUGAUAUUAUAUUAGACUGAAUACAUAGUUCUCUGUGCAUGAAAUAAUGUAACGAUCAUACUGCGUAUGGUCGUGAUCAACGCGAAUCAAAACGCAAUUUUUCAUCAAAUAUCUUUUAUUAUUUACUCAUUAUGUCUAUGAAAUAUAGAUUUUCAUAAAUUUUCCUUGGUAAAAAGAAAUUCUCUCUCUCUCUCUCUCUACAUACUAUCCUUUUUGUUAUCUAUUGUCAUUCUUUUUUUGAUACUAAAAAGUAAAAGAUAUUGAUAUUUGUAUUUAUUGAUGAAAAAUCAGUAGCCGAAUUCGAGUAAUUUAUAGUAAUUAUUUAAAAAUAAUACUAGUACAAAAUAUAUAUCUUGAUAUUUAUUUUUCAUUCAUUACCAAAUUAAAUAUCAAUGACCGAUAUAAAAGAUUAAGUAAAAUACAAAUACUUACCUUAAAACACAGUAUUUUAUUUCGUAAUAUUAUGACAAUAUCGUGCGAACUAUAUGAUAUUUGUAAAGUUAUACAUAAUAAAUCCUAUGAAGUUAAAUUCUGGUUGCGUUUUAAAGCAAUCAUUCUGCGAAAAGGUCAGAAAAAAUCAUUCAAGAUGAAUCAAUUCUGAACGUAAUUUAAUGCUUAAAUUGCAUGAGAAUGUAUCUAUUUAGAUGGAUUACAAUUUAUUACAUUCUUGUCGUGCAUUUUAACUCAAAUAAUAAUUUUUGAAAAAUAAUAUCAUAAAAAGCGCACGCAUUCGAGUACAGACUUGAAGCGUAAG